AUGAACUUGACAACCACGGUCUCCGACAGGCUUCGACCGCUCGAGGUCUACGAGCUGUUCAGAGUGGAUCUCAACCUCUUCGAGCGCAUCUAUCCAGGGGCGCUGCCGCGCGGCUCCGGCCAUCCUCUCGCAGGCGUGCUCGUGCUUCCUGGUGCUCAUGAUCAUCACGUCCAUCGUGGUGUGGAUGGUGUCGACGCUGCCCUCCGCGCAGGAGGUGCCCGCAGGACUCGGUGCGACCUCGUGGAGAAGAACGAGUGCGCGCCGGAGCCCGACCCCGUGUUCGACGUCAUCGAGCAGUUGUGCGUUUGGGUCUUCACCACGGAGUACCUCAUCCGGCUCUGCACGGUGCACAGCGUGCGCUUCCCCCUGCUGAACGAGAACUUCCUGGAGGGCGUGCUGACGGGCAAGCCCGGGCACAGCGCCGGGGGCAGGGAAGGCCACGCGGCACCCGCCGGCAAAACGCCGUUCUCGACGUCCUCCAGCACCCUCGGGAUCUCCAGGGCCGCCGGCGGCUCAGGCCAUGACUUACAUGUGGGUCAUCAUUCUGAUCAUCAUGACGAACCCCACCAGUUGCCCGGCAAGCUGCAGAACACGCUCAGACACGUCGUAGGCUUUGCGAACUUGGUGGACCUGUUCGCCAUACUCCCGUAUUGGAUAGAACUUGUCCGAGGUGCGGGGGAUCUGCUCGUUGCCUUGAGGCGAGAGGGCACGGGCUCCAGGUACAACGAGAUCUUCACGUUGUUCACGCGCGUAAUCAGCCAGUCCGUACCGGCUCUGGCAUUGAUGCUCUUCUUCAUAUCCCUCGGCUGCUGCCUGUUCGGCACGCUCAUCUGGUUUGCGGAGCAGGGCACGUGGUACCCGACGGGCCACGCGAAGCUGGACGCUCUCAACAUCACGAACCGGGGUGCGUACUUGAGGCCAGCCCUCGGCUCGCUGGACGAGGCGCAGGUGCUCUGCUUCGGAGGUGGGCAGGCCUCGCUGCCCUGGUAUUCUGCCGCACUGGCGCUCGCCUCUCUGCGGCCCGCAGCGGGGGCGAGCGCUGCUGGCGCAGACCCUCCACGAAUCGUUGUUGCCAGCGACGGCGGCGACAUCGCCGGGCGCAUCAACUCGUCGCUGUACCAGACGCCAUGCGACUUCUUCCCAUUUCUGGCCUGGAUGAAGAUAGUGAGCGAACACCGGACCGACAACGUGGCCGAGUUCCUCGGCAUCCCCUACGCGGCCCCGCCGGUCGGAGCCGCCCGCUUCCGGCCGCCGCGGCCCAGCAGGCCGUGGCCCGGGGUCCUCGAGGCUGCGGCGCCCGGGCCGCAGUGCGCGCAGCUGCCGGCAAACGCCAUCGUGGAGGUGCCCGACUGGGCGCACGCGACCAAGGAGGAUACCCGAGACUGCCUCUACCUCAACGUCUGGGCCCCCGUCGACUCGGGCGGCGCCCUCGGCGGCGGCGGCCGGCCCGUCCUCGUCUUCUUCCACGGCCCAGAGGAGGCGAACUGUGCGCUGUACAACGGCCAGGGCCUGGCGUCCGACCUCGACGCCGUGGUGGUCACGGUGAACUACAGGCUGGGCAUCCUCGGGUUCCUGGCGGACCCGUCCCUCCGCGCAGAGUCGGGCACCACCGGCAACUACGGCCUGCAGGACCAGCGCGCGGCCCUGGAGUGGACGAGGCGGAACGCGGCCGCCUUCGGGGGCGACCCCGCCAGGGUCACCAUCAUGGGGCAGUCGGCGGGGGGGGCGUCGGUGCUGCACCACACGGUGCUGCCAAUGAGCCGUGGAUUGGCUUCGAGGGCGAUAGCGAUGAGUGGCUAUACCGUGACAUGGUCGCUGGACCAGGCCUACAGGCAUGCGGAGCAAGCGUCGACGCUGCUGGGUUGCAGCGAAGCUUCGACACGCCUGGGUUGCUUGAAACAGGCGUCGACCAGCGAGUUGCUGAAAGUUGAGAAGGCGUUGCUGUUUGGAUCCGGCAUGGACGUGGUCGAGCGAAUGAUGUUUUUUGGACCUGUUUCAGAUGGUUUUGAGCUCCCAGAGAACAUCAGUUUUAAUGCCGCGUUGCGUGCAUCCAAACACCGCGUGCCAUUGUUGGUUGGCAGCACGCUCAACGAGACAAACCUCUUCCAGUGCGAGACUCUCUCGAGAAAUCUGUCACAGCAUGCGAGCGUUGAGUAUUUUCUAAAAGUCCUGAAGGCGGUCAUACCUUCAAGUGACCUCUCUGCAGAGGUAGUGGCCAACGUCUUGCGAGACAAAUACGCGGGCUACUCUGACGGGAGAGGCGCCGUCAUGGCCAUGAGUUCCGACGUGGUGUUCACAUGUGCCGCAGAUCGGGCUGCACGAUGGUUUUCGCGGGGCGGCGCCCCUGUUUAUAAAUAUGUCCUGGCCAGCCCGCCGAGAAUGAUGCGAGCGCUCAAGUGCCUUGGCGUUCCGCACGUCGCAGACAUGAUGCUGUUCUUCCACAAGGCUUUUCCGAGGGAGUCCGACGAGAUCGUCGUCGGCGAUGCCAGCAUGCAGGCACUGACGAGGUACAUGAUCGGUGCCUGGCGCAGUUUCAUCCACGGCGCCGAGCCUGCGGGAUGGUCGCCCUUCUCGGCCGACGACCCCAGCGCCCGCACGCUCCAGCUCGGAGACAACGAGACUGCACCCUUCCGCGAGCUGCAGGGCUACCGCCGCGAGGCCUGCGACGCGAUCGAAGACCUCGUCGACCCUGCCUCGACCUCGUCGGCGGGCGCGCGGGGGGUGCUCGUCGUGUAG